ACCACUCCACUUGUCAUGGAAAUCCAAUUUGCCGUUGAAUUUGAGCAUGACGCAAAUAUUUUGGGGAGCUUGGAGCAGGAUGAGCACGGUUCUAAUGAGCGAUGCUGUAAGGGGCUGCAGCCCGAGCAGUUUGAUUCAUAUCUGGCAUUCUUGGUCAGCUUUUUGACUCUGGAACAACCACAGCCAUCAGCGCAUCUCUUGGGCGAUGAGCAAGCGUCGCGCAUGCGCCAAAAAAUGUUAGAGUUUAAGGAGCAAGUGGAUGCCUUGGAUCGUAAUGAUGAGAACUAUUAUGUCAAGAAGGAGGACCUGAUAUUCAAGGUAUUCUGUGAGUACAAAGGCAUACCAUAUGAGGUUAAGCACAUAGCCGCUGACCAAGAGGACGAAGACGAGGUGGACGAUACUCUCGACAUGGAUAUGGAAAGAGAUGGACUAGUUUUCUUCAGAAUCGGAACGGAAGCCGAGUCAGCAAAAUUUUAUAACGAUCAGGCACAAGCAGAAGCCGAAGCAUUCAUCGAAAGUGUGGAGGAAGAACAGUUUUUCCACUAAACUAAGGUUUAUUCAUUUUCCAAAGUCUUACUUGUAAUGUUUUAAAAUUAAUUUUGAAUUACUUCUUCACAACACUACUUUUUAAUAUACAUACAUUUGUACAUAUUCAAAUUAUUCAAUCAAUUCAUCACAUUUAGUUCUUUAUAUUCCCAAGUUAACAUAAUGCGACAAAAUAAUAGAAUUUUCCUUGUAA